CAGCAACAUUCGGACGCGAUGCUCUCCAAGAAGGAACGGGCCGAAGAAGAUGCGCUGCUCGAGCAGCAGCUAUUGACGCAAGGACCCAAAGGGCUUCUCGCACUCUUUAGCGGUAGCGAUGGGAAAAAGGCCAAGAAGGCAAAGGCGCCCAAGCUCUUCAUGGAGCUCUCGCGCUCGCAGCAGCGCGUCCAGGGCAAGAACGCGCCCAUGCUGCGACAAAUGGACGGCGACACGAUCAACGACAAGUUGUCUUCGUACAAAAAGACAAUCCGCUUCCACAUCAACGCGGCCCACGACGAAGCCAUCACGAUGGUCCGUGACAUCCGCACGGGGCACCAAGACGUCAAUGCGCGCGACGAAAAAGGGCGCAGCGCCUUGCAUUUCGCCUGCCGCAUGGGCUCCGAGGCCACGAUCGCGACGCUCAUCAAGGAGGAAGGAUCGAUCGACGAGCCCGAUCUUGAGAUGCGAUGGACGCCACUGCACUACGCAGUCAUGGGCAAGCACAAGUACGCCGCUGGUCUCUUGCUUAAGUACGCGCCAUCCCCGUACGUGACGGUGAACCGGCGCGACAAAAUUGGCACGACGCCCCUCAUGCUGGCUGCUGCGGAAGGCCACGCCAACAUUGUUCGCUUCCUUCUCGACCAUUUGGCCGACAUCAACGAUCGCGAUAACGAAGGCCUCACCGCCCUGCACUACGCGGCACUUACGGACCGCGUCAAGGCAGCCGAAGUGCUUCUCGAGUACAAGGCGGACACGGAAAUUCGCACGAAAGCCAGUGGAGAGACAGCUCUCGAGAUGGCCGAGCGCCUCGGCUCGCACUUGGUGUCGAUUGUCCUUUUUGAGUUUGAGAAAUAA